UUGCGAGCCGCAUUCUCAAAGUUUACAGCAACUUGCAUUGAGCAAUGAGCUGAGGAGAAGGGUGGCCAGCACGACAAACAUCUGCAGCACUUCACCUUUUCGCUUUGCACUUUUUGAAGGGUGGUCACUGCAGUCAAUCGAAGGAUUUAGAGCAUUUCAGUAGUUCGCUUUGUACGUUGCACGCAUCCAUAUCGCGAUCAGAUAGUUUGUGCGGGAACGUAGGCGCUUUGUCGAUCUCCGCUGCCGCAAUGGGCUUCGCGACGGCCGCCGCCAUGAGCGCAGCCCGGUCGCUUUCAGCGGGCACACUCGCCUUCGAUGCCUUGCUCGAUAGUCCCUCUAGCACACUGAGGGCCCAGUCUAGAAUGCUAGCUCUUCCUCUUGUUGACAAUUAUGUCGGUCUGCGGGCCACAGCAAAGCUGACCCGUAGAUCUGCAAGUGUGCGGGAUGGGGUUGCAUUUGUCGAGCCUGUGAGCUCGAAUGGGGCAGCGGUUGCAGCAGCAAGCGUAGCAGCACCAAAGGAGGCAGAGAAGAAGACAGAGAAGGCCCCUCCUGCGCGGCAGCCCCAGGCAGGCAGCAGCCCGCAAGCUCAGAAAGACUUUAAGGACAUGCAGACGGGGGGUGUCGACCAGGACUCAACUUGCUCCGUGACUGUGGUCGGGGCGUCUGGGGAUCUGGCCAAGAAGAAGAUCUUCCCGGCCCUUUUUGCGCUUUUCUAUGAAGGGUACCUGCCCAAGCAUUUCACCAUCUAUGGAUAUGCGCGGAGCAAGAUGACAAACGAGCAGCUGCGGGACAUGAUCAGUACGACACUCACCUGCAGAAUUGAUCAGAGGGAGAAUUGUGGACAGAAGCAGGAGGACUUUCUGAAGAGGUGCUUCUACCACGCCGGUCAGUACGAUUCAGAAGAUUCAUUCAAGGAGCUGGACGCAAAACUGCGCGAGCAGGAGGGUGAUCGAACUGCCAACCGCGUUUUCUACCUUUCCAUCCCUCCCAACAUCUUUGUGGAUGUCGCGCGCUGUUCUAGCAGAGCAGCAUCUUCCUCCAACGGUUACACGCGUGUUAUCGUGGAGAAGCCGUUUGGACGGGACCUUCAGUCAUCUGGGGAGUUGUCUCAGGGCCUGGCAGAGCACCUAUCUGAGGACCAAAUCUAUAGAAUCGACCACUACCUCGGGAAGGAGCUGGUGGAGAACCUGUCGGUGUUGCGGUUUUCCAACUUGAUCUUCGAGCCUCUGUGGUCGCGGCAGUUCAUCCGCAAUGUGCAGAUCAUCUUCUCGGAGGACUUUGGCACAGAGGGCCGGGGCGGGUACUUUGAUAACUACGGCAUCAUCCGUGACAUCAUGCAGAACCACCUGUUGCAGCUCCUCGCUCUGCUGGCGAUGGAGCCGCCCGUCUCGCUCGCGGCCGAGGACAUCAGAAACGAAAAGGUAAAGGCGCUGCGCUCGAUGAAGCCGAUCCGGCUCGAGGACGUCGUGGUCGGCCAGUACAAGGAGCACACGAGCAAGAGCGGCGUCUCGUACCCCGCAUACACCGACGACAAAACGGUGCCCAGCAACAGCAUCACGCCCACUUUCUCCUGCAUUGCGAUGUUCAUCGACAACGCGCGCUGGGACGGCGUCCCGUUCUUGAUGAAGGCCGGCAAGGCGCUCAACGACAAGCGCGCGGAGAUCCGCAUCCAAUUCCGGCACGUGCCGGGGAACCUAUACAAGAACAGCUUCGGGACGGACCUGGACAAGGCGACGAACGAGCUGGUGAUGCGAGUGCAGCCGGACGAGGCGAUCUACCUCAAGAUCAACAACAAGGUGCCGGGGCUCGGGGUGCGGCUCGACCGGAGCAACCUCAACCUGCAAUAUGCAGAGAGGUAUAAGAAGAAGGAGUUCCCCGACUCGUACGAGCGCCUGAUCCUGGACGUGAUCAACGGCGACAAGCGGCUGUUCAUCCGGGACGACGAGCUGGCCGCCGCCUGGAAGCUGUUCACACCGCUGCUCAAGGAAUUGGAGGAGAAGCAGGUGGCGCCCGAGUUGUAUCCGUACGGCAGCAGGGGGCCCAUUGGGGCUCACUAUCUGGCCGCCAAAUACAACGUGCGGUGGGGCGAUCAGAGCGUUUAGGUAACCCCCUUUAAUCUAGACAAGCAUGCAUGGCAGACGAGAGUGAGGCUGUUGGGAGGGGGAGCUUAUGCGGGGUGGGAUGCGGAAGGAGGUAAUCAUUGACGCCAGAUAGACAGCAUCAUAUUGAGAGUUGACGAAACUGCUCCGCACAAGAGAAAUAAAAGUUUGACUACUUGUAUACUUAUCUCGCAAGGAGGACUUCCGAUGGAAACCGUGACAGGUCAGAUUUUGGAGUUGUUUACCAGCAGUACUGCGCGGAAGCCAUGGGGUGUGGGCUUGUUGAUCAUGCAUGCAUCGCGUAAUUGAGUUAUGAAUGCACAUGCAUUUGGCAAAGACCGGUGCACAACGCCA